CAUUCUGCACAACUCAAGCUGAGAGACAUGGACGCAGCAACAGUGGUGACCCUUUUGGUGGUGUUCACGGCGCUGGCGGGCAGCGUCAGCCACGGUCUCCACAUCCAAGACGCUCUGGACCACAUCGACAAGGCGGCAAGCAGCUCAGAGGACAACAUGGACGAGCACCUGCCUGAGCUGGAGGGCGUCAAAGCAGACAACAGCAUGAACAAUCGCCUGCUGACGGCGCUGCUCAAAGCUCUGCUGCGGGGGUCUGAGAGACAAGCCAGGAAUUCUGUCCUCCAUCAGCCACACAGGUUUGGCCUCUCCUCCAGAGGACCGCGCUUUUUGGAGGAUCAGAUGAAUUCUCCCGACUGGGAGGCGGCUCCCAGCCAGAUCUGGAGCAUGGCUGUGCCCCAGAGGUUUGGCAAGAAAUAGCGUAUAUAAGCCCCGAACGACCACAUCAGCAGACCAUACGAAGUCUGCUGCUCUUUUUAAAAAUGUCAAAUUGACCUGAAAGUAGAUUCGUGGCACAUUUUUUCCCCCAGUCAAAUAAACUACUAAUA